UUAAUUAGGUGGCGGGUUUGGCGACUGCCCCCACAAUGGACCUCGCACAAAAAAUGGUAAAUAAAACACACUCUCAUUAUAUAAGUGUUUAUAUUCGUUAGUUGAAUAUAAUUAAAUAAUACCACUGUUCGUGUUUGUUAUUGUCACCGAGGUCCACGGUAGUGCAGAGAGGCAGCCGCUAAUAAGUCCUCGUUCCAAGCAUGUGAGCUACACGCCCUCGCGCUUGACGAAUGGAGAGGGAUUAGUGUGAAUCCUUAGAUUAUUAAUCAUAUUAAAUUAGCAAAUUGAUAUUUUCAAAGUCUACUUUUUUUUUUGGAACACAUAUUUUCAAAGUCUACAUAAACACCAUAAUCAUUGUUUUUGAGCGAUAAGUAAUACCUCAAGCUUUUUAAUUAACAUCUUCUUCUCCGGUCGACCAUGCCUAGAUUACGACGGUCUCCGUGUCUACUACUUGCUGUCUUGUUCUUGUGUAUUCACGGCUUGGUUCACGUGGUUCGAGCUCAGAACCGAACCCGAGCCACUACUCACCCCGACGAAGCGCGUGCGUUGAACUCCAUUUUCGCGACUUGGAAGAUCCGAGCGUCGAAUGAAUGGAACAUCAGCGGCGAGCUUUGCUCCGGCGCCGCCAUAGACAAUGUCUCCAUCGACGAUGGUGCUUACAACCCUAUGAUCAAAUGCACGUGUACUUUCGCCAACUCCACCUGCCGCAUCACCGCUCUGAAGGUUUAUGCGAUAGAUGUUGUAGGAAGUAUACCUGAUGAGCUCUGGACUCUUGAAUACCUCACGAAUCUGAACUUGGCUCAGAACUUUCUGACAGGACCCUUGUCUCCUGCAAUUGGGAAUCUGACUCGAAUGGAAUGGAUGACAUUUGGGAUCAAUGCGUUGUCUGGCCCUGUUCCCAAGGAGAUUGGUUUGCUUACCAAUCUAAAACUGCUUAGCAUUAGUUCAAAUAACUUUUCCGGUUCUAUGCCAGCUGAAAUUGGGAGUUGUACAAAGCUACAGCAAAUCUACAUAGAUAGUUCUGGGCUUGGCGGAGAAAUACCUUUAUCAUUUGCUAAUCUUGUGGAGAUGCAACAAGCUUGGAUGAUGGAUCUGGAAUUUACAGGUCGGAUACCAGACUUUAUAGGAAACUGGACCAAACUUACUACCUUGAGAAUUGUCGGAACUGGUUUGAGUGGUCCGAUACCUUCGUCAUUUUCCAACUUAACUUCUUUGACGGAAUUGAGGCUAGGAGAUAUAUCCAAUGGAAGCUCUACUCUUGAGUUCAUCAAAAACAUGAAAUCUCUAAGUACAUUAGUAUUGAGGAACAACAAUCUCACAGGGGAAAUACCAUCUGAUAUUGGAGACUACUCAAGCCUGCAACAAGUUGAUUUAAGCUUCAACAAACUACAUGGACCAAUACCGUCUUCACUUUUCAACUUAACUCGACUUACUCACUUGUUUUUAGGAAACAACACGUUGAAUGGUUCCUUGCCCACUCAAAAGAGUCAGUCGUUAAGCAAUAUUGAUGUGUCGUACAAUAAUUUGUCUGGAAUUCUUCCUUCGUGGGUCAGCUUACCAAACUCGAAAUUUAACCUGGUUGCUAACAACUUCACACUGGAAGGUCUUGACAACAGGGUUUUAUCAGGACUGAAUUGUCUGCAAAAGAACUUCCCUUGCAAUCGAGGCAAAGGAAUCUGUAAGUGUAACAAAAAUAGAUGUGCAUUGAUUGCAAAUAAAAACACUCAUAUAAUAUAUCUCUUUGGUGUCUUAGAUUACAACUUUUCAAUCAACUGCGGAGGACCGGAUAAAAGGUCUGUUAGCAGGGCACUAUUUGAGAAAGACGACGCGGAUCUUGGACCAUCUUCUUUUUUUGUGAAUGCUGCUAGAAGAUGGGCAGCUAGUAGCAUCGGUCUUUUUGCCGGAAGUAGCAGUAAUGCAUAUAUAGCUUCUUCACUAUCACAAUUUACCAACACUUCAGACUCAGAGCUUUUUCAGACAGCAAGACUUUCUGCAUCUUCCCUAAGGUAUUAUGGCCUGGGGCUCGAGAAUGGAGGCUAUACCGUAACUCUUCAGUUUGCUGAAAUACAAAUGGAAGCUUCUAACUCUUGGAAAGGGCUUGGAAGACGACGAUUUGACAUUUAUGUCCAGGGAAGACUUGUGGAAAAGGAUUUUGAUGUACUCAGAACAGCUGGUGGCUCUACUAAUAGGGCAGUUCAUAGAGUAUAUAAAGCAAAUGUGACAGAAAAUUACAUCGAAGUUCAUCUUUUCUGGGCUGGAAAAGGAACAUGUUGUAUUCCUAUUCAGGGGGCUUAUGGGCCAAUAAUAUCGGCAGUCAGUGCAGCGCCAGAUUUUAGACCAACUGUGGAUAAUAAGCCACCAUCAAAGGGAAAGAACAAGACUGGUAUUAUUGUCGGUGUCAUUGUUGGCUUAGGACUUUUGAGCAUCCUUGCGGGUCUUGGUAUCUUCAUCAUACGAAAAAGAAGAAAGCCUUACACUGAUGAUGAAGAGCUACUUAGUAUGGAAAUAAAGCCUUACACAUUUACUUAUUCGGAACUUAAAAGUGCAACUCAAGAUUUCAAUCUCUCAAACAAGCUUGGAGAGGGUGGAUUUGGGCCUGUUUAUAAGGGAAACCUUAAAGAUGGAAGAGAGGUAGCUGUGAAGCUGUUGUCGGUUGGAUCCAGGCAAGGGAAAGGACAAUUUGUUGCAGAAAUUGUAACAAUUUCUACAGUUCUACAUCGCAACUUAGUGACACUUUACGGCUGCUGCUUUGAAGGAGAUCAUCGUUUGCUCGUGUAUGAGUAUCUCCCUAAUGGAAGUCUUGAUCAGGCACUAUUUGGGGAUAAGAGUAUACAUCUUGAUUGGUCAACCCGUUUCGAGAUAUGCUUGGGAGUAGCCAGAGGUCUAGUCUAUCUCCACGAGGAGGCGAGGGUUCGCAUUGUACACAGGGAUGUGAAGGCCAGCAACAUUUUGCUUGACUCCGAACUGGUUCCAAAAGUUUCUGAUUUUGGGCUGGCGAAACUAUACCAUGACAAGAAAACUCACAUAAGUACCGGAGUUGCAGGGACCAUUGGAUAUCUUGCGCCAGAGUAUGCAAUGCGUGGACAUCUAACGGAGAAAACAGAUGUGUAUGCAUUUGGUGUUGUGGCUCUUGAGCUAGUUAGUGGAAGGCCAAACUCUGAUGAGGUCUUAGAUGACGAUAAAAAGUAUCUUCUUGAAUGGGCAUGGAAUCUACACGAGAAAGGCCGUGAAGUUGAACUAAUAGAUGAUAGGCUAAGUGAAUUCAAUGUUGAAGAAGUGAAACGAGUGAUUGGCGUUGCUCUGUUAUGCACACAAGCAUCUCAUUCCUUGAGACCACCAAUGUCACGAGUGGUGGCUAUGUUGUCGGGGGAUGUUGAGGUCAGUGAUGUCACUUCCAAGCCAGGCUACCUAACUGACUGGAGAUAUGAUGAUAUCACCACUUCCUCUGGCUUUCAAACCAAAGAGACAGACACUUCUAGCUCCAAGAUAUCGCCCGGAAACACCGACUCUCUUCCAAUGCUUGGAGCCAAGAUCAAUGUUGGAAGAUGACAAUAUCUCUUCUCUGUUGGCCAUGGUGAUGCUUCUAUACGAGUUCAAUAUCUUCUUCCUUGAUUGGAGAAACAUAUUUCAUUUUUUUAUUGGAUAAAUAUUUUAGCUCUACUUUUUUCUUCUUUUUAAUGUGAUAUUUGUGUUGUGGUGAAGUUGAGAUAUAUUUUGUUCUAUGGGCCACUGAAAGAAAGAAUGUGUAUUUGAGGUCCAUUGUAAGUGAGAACUGUAUACUUUAUAGCUUACAAAUCGUUGUCCAUAUGGAUAAAGAAUUUAAAAUUAACUCAAUGCAAGAAUUCAGUGUCUA